UAAACUCUGCGACGCCCAACUGCCACGUCACCUCGAAGAGACGUGUGUUUUGGUUUGUUGGAGUAACUUGUUUUGUGACAUCUCCGAUGAUUCUUCCUUUUAUUUACAACUGACCGACGCUGUUUAUGAGCAAAAAUGUCAACCGCAGAGGUUUUCACACAGCUGCCGCUCCUAAUGUGGGAGAAGGUGUUCGCGAAAGUGAAGAAAGCCGUGGUUUUUAUGGAUGACAGGUGUGCAGAGGCUCUCCACUGGAGCGGAGGGGCUGCAGCCUUGCUGCAAGCGGGAGCCAGGAACGUGAAGCAGUUUUCGAGUUUCGAAGCGUGCGGUGAGAACGAGCCCAAAGCUGUGUUCGUGGUGAGCACUUUGUUAAAGGGGAGGACGGUGGACAUCAUAAAAGACAUCAUAUCACUCAGUCACUUUCAGUACUGCGUCGUCUUCACCGCUGUCCCCCACUCCGUGCACCUGUUCGCCAACAACGUGUCCACAGAAAUGGAGGGCUUCCCCGUGUUUGAGCAGUUCGAGGAGAAGCUCUGCGAGUGGAUGGGGAACAUGAACUACACGGCAGAGGUCCUGCACUCUCCUGUGGUCUUCGCCCACGUGUCGCAGCAGCUGAUCGUGGCGUCGCCGUUUGCUCACCUGUUUCCCCUGCUCCCAGCAGACCUGGAGAGCAUCAAUGCAAAGCGACCGGAGAAGAAGAGAUUUGGCACUUUGAAUGACCUGGAUGGGCAUUCGCUUCCGGUGGAGCUGCAGAUUGAAAUUAAAAGCUUGGUUUCGGCGUUAAACUCGAUGUUUGAGGCUGCAGGGAUGAGGGAAGAGAGUUUUGCUGUGGGGCCAAUGAGCCGCAUCAUCGCAGGGGAACUGGCCAAUCACAAUCAGGCGAAAAACCGAAGAAAGACUGCUCCUAAUAAAGCAUCGAUCAUCUUUAUAGACCGAACAAUGGAUCUUACAGGGGCUGUCGGCCAUCACGGUGACAACCUGGCUGAAAAGAUUCUUACCGUGCUUGACCCUUUGCCUGGUCACGUGACUGAUGUGCAAGUGGACAUGUUGGAACUCACAAGUGUACAGAGAACUCCUCACUCCCAGAACACCGUGGCCCCUGGCUGUCUUGCUCAGAACCAGUCGUCCUCUGCGAGGUUGCUGUGGGAGACGAUGCUCACCAGUAAACACAAGGAGGCUUUGAUGGAAGUCCGACGCCACCUGGUGGAGGCGGCCACUAAGGAGAAGCUGCCAAUCAAGAUGAGUAUGGGUCGCGUGACCCCCGAUCAGCUGUGUUCCUAUGUGAAGUUGUUCCGGAGCAGCUGGGAGGCGCUAGAGAGUCACUGCGGGGUGCUUCAGCUGGGCUUGGCCACGGCCCAGACGCUCCGACACCCCAACUUGGCCCGCUGGGAUUCCUGUCUGGGUUUCGAAAGGCUGCUGCUGCAGGCUCUUGGAGACAGCGACUUCCCGGCCGUGCUGAGGCAGCUGCUGCCCUUAAUGAAGCCCCGCGGAGGCGAGGACAGCUCGUCAUCAGGGUCGAGGCUCGGACAGGACGAGUGCGGGCCGGACGAGCUGAUCCUCCUCCUGAUCUAUCUGUACACCCUGGCUGAGGAGGCGCAGGACUCCGCUGACGGCGGGGAGGAGGAGCUGGAGAAGCUGGAGAAGCUGGAGCGCGAGCUGAUAGGAGCGCUCACGCUGGUCGUCACCCGGGAGACGGAGCUCAGCCCGCUGCUCCAGAGCCUCACCGGUUGUGCAGCCGCAGAGGAACUGACCACAGAAAGAGCCCAUUCUGCAGUUGGGAAGAUGUUUGAGACCCUCCGAGGUUUGAGCCACAUGAGAGACCACCUCAAGCAGCUGCGCUCCGUCUACACUGCAAGUGACGGAGUCCACCAGGUCACUUUCAUUGUCCUUGUUUAGGAGGCAUUUUUAUUA